UGUUGCAAAAGGCUAGGGAGUAGGGACUAAGGGAGUAGAGAUAGAAGUAGAAUAUAGAAGGAUAUCUAUACAUCGCCUCUCAACCUUGGUCUCUUUUCAAUUGAAGAUAAACCCUCGGUGGAAAACCUAGAAAGUAGAAAUUGCUAACAAGCUCUAAUUCUCUAUUUUGUCUUUGAUAAUUUUGAUUCGUUCUCUUAAAAUCAUACCAAAUUCGAAGUUUUGUUCCUUUUCGUCGCCAUUCCAAUAUAGGUAAUAAUGACAGAAACAGAGCAUAAUAUUGCUGAGAACAAUGAGGACCAGACAUUUAUGCAGGCAUCUGAGCAACAUUUUAAUCUUAUUGGUGAUGAGUUUGACCAGCAAAAUCUUGUUGGAAGUGUGCCUGAAGAGUACCAGUGUACUGAGAAUGAGGCAGACAACCAAAACAUGACGAUACAUGACCAGGAUUUUUCUGUUAAUGAGAUUGAAAACAAUUAUGGAGUUCUACCUGAGCAAACUUUUGCUGAAAAUGAGAAUGAGCAUUCUUUAGAUGGAGAUGAGGCUAAUAAUGGAUUGGAUGGGGAACAACUGAAACAAGAGUCAUCUGAUAAUGAAACAAAUGAAUUGGGUAAUGAUUCAGAGAAUACACAUUUUGAGAAAAAGGAUGAACAUGAAAACAAUUUAGCUGCUGUUAGUGAUGAAAAGAAAUGGCCUGGGUGGCCCGGAGAGAGUGUUUUUAGGAUGUUGGUACCUUCUCAAAAGGUUGGUAAUAUUAUUGGGCGCAAAGGUGAGUAUAUCAAGAAAAUUGUUGAGGAGACUAGGGCCCGUAUCAAGGUUAUGGAAGGCCCACCCGGAUCACAAGUGAGAGCUGUAAUGGUCUCAGCUAAGGAGGAACCAGGUAAUUCUCUUCCACCAGCAAUGGAUGGACUUUUGAGGGUUCACAGGCGUAUUGUGGAUGGACUGGAUGGUGAUUCUUCUAAGGGUCAGGACCCACCUGCAGGAGGCACGGUUUCAACAAGGUUGCUAGUGCCUGGUGCCCAGGCUGGCAAUUUGAUUGGAAAGCAGGGAGCUAUUGUUAAAUCAAUUCAGGAAUCUACGAAUUGUAUUGUUAGGGUUCUUAAACAAGAGGAACUUCCUGUUUUUGCUCUUCAAGAUGAUCGAGUGGUUGAAGUAGCUGGGGAAGCUGUUGAUGUUCACAAAGCUAUUGAACAGAUUGGUUCACUUUUGAGGAAGUUUUUAGUUGAUCGAAGUGUAAUACCCGUUAUCGAAAAGCUGAUGCAAGCACCAAAUACACCCAUGGAACAUUUACCGCCUCAGCCUUGGGGUCCUCAUCAUGGUUAUCCGCCCAGUGGGGCUGGUGGAUAUGGGGGCUAUAACAUGCAAUACAUGCCACCACCACGUCAAACUGACAAUUAUUAUCCAGCUGCAGAGAUUGUAUCCCCACCUGACAGGCAGCCUCAACAAGGAGUAUCAGCUUAUGGAAGAAAACCUCCAAUAGGUGUCCAUGCUUCGUCUAAUGCUCAAUCAACACCAUCUUUUAAUACACAGCUCACACAGCACAUGCAGGUCCCUUUGAUAUAUGCAGAUUAUGUAAUUGGGACUAAUGGUGCCACUAUCAGCUACAUCCGGCGGUCCAGUGGGGCAACUGUUACUGUACAGGAGACAAGAGGUGUUCCAGGAGAAAUGACAGUUGAGAUAAAUGGAACUGCAGUACAAGUUCAAGGCGCUCAGCAACUUAUACAGAAUUUCAUGGCAGAUGCAGCAAAGGCAGCCACAGCCACUGCCACAGCCGCAGCCCCAGCCACAGCCACAGCCACAGCCACAGCAACCACUGCUCCAACUCAACCAGUUGAGGCCACUGCUCAGGUUUACAACCAAGGUUAUAGUUCAUAUGCGGCUCCUGCAUCAUUUUAUGGAUCGGCUCCUGCUAGUGCUGGAUAUGCAACCCAACCUGGAGCUUAUGGGUCAGCUUAUGGUGGAAAUUAUGGAUAUUAGAUUUGGCCAGUGAUCUUUGUUCUUUUUAGAAUUUCAUUGUCACCGAAUAUGACUAAUGAGACUAGGAAGUUUGUAUUACUAUGUUGGAUUUUUGUUAUAAAUACAAAAUGUUUUUAAGAUCAUGUCUUUAGACUGCUUGACAUUGGCUGUACUGACUUGUAAUCUAGAUAAUUACUCCAUUAGUAUUCAAGGCAGUCUUUAUGUUACAGUGUUCGAUGAUUGAAAAUAUUUGUUGUGGCCUUUAAA